AAAAUAAUAUCGAAAAGCGAGGUUAUUGUGGAAUUGUAGUCCUUCUCGGAGUAUUUUUCAAAACGAAGAAGUUUACAAACUAUAUUUUCAAUGGCACAUAGAGCGAAAAAAGCCCUGACAAUCUUACUCGGACAAUGCGUACCAUCAGUUAAAUCGCAGGCAUCCAAAAUUAGAAUUAGAAAAAUGGAAUUGGAUGAGAAUUUGCUGAUGUACUUCAAGCAAGACAAAUUUGUAUACGCCCACGAUCCAAAUAAACUUUGCAAAUCCGGCGAUAUUGUGCUAGUGAAAGAACUACCUGAACGAUUAACGAAACAGAUAACGCAUUCCAUCGAGAAAAUCGUGUUCAAAUUUGGAGAUAUUCAAGAUCCAAUAACCGGUAAAAAUGUUGUUGUCAACCAAUAUCGCGAACAAAUGGAUGCAGCUAGUGAAGCGUACGGAAAGUCAGAGUCUGGUUUCGAUUAUGACAAAGCACCGCCCAGAGGUAGAUUAGAAGGAAUUCGAGACUUUACUCAUCAGGAAACGUACAUUAAGUGGAACGAAGAUGGCAAGGAUCAACCAUUCGCUGUAUAGAAAACAAAACGGACACACUUAUAGCGUAAUAAAUUAGAGUUUUUGUAAUUCA